CUGACGUGCCAAAACCUUUUUUUUGUUGGUUGUGUCAAAGCUCUGAGUUUUAAUCGUUUUGGUCGUUUUAAUCAUCCUGGAAGACAUAAAAAUACCUGUACAAUGGCUGCUAAAUUAAGCCAGAAGGAAUAUUUGAAGAAAUAUUUGUCAUCCGCUAAAAGCACUGACAAAAAGAAGAAAAAGAAGAAGAGCAAAACGAUUGCCGGACAAAGUGUUAAAAUAAUCGACGACGACAUUGACCUCUCGAAGCUGCAUCAAAUUGCUGACGAGGAUUUGGAAGUGUUUGUGAUCGGUGAAGAUGCUCCGACAAUUGUCGGUGUGCUGGAUGAUCGCCCUCCGGAAUUGAUAGCGAAAGAAGAUUACAAAAACAACAGCAAGUGGAAAGUGAUUGCGGAUGAUGAUGGUUUCAGUAGUUCAUUGAAUGUUCAACAUACCGAUCGCGAGGGUAAUGUUAGCAGGAGCACCGGAAAAGAUUCGACCAGCAGAAAGUCAAAAACGUUUGACGACAAUGACGAUCUAAGUCCGCCAAGGGUGAAGCGCAAAAGAGAUGACGAUCGCAAUCAUCAGUCGGUGAAGAGCACCGAUAAGCCUCGAACAUCACGUUUUACAGAUGCGUCACCUCCUCGUAGACGAAGGAAAAGUGGUAGUGCCGACAAUUCUCCACCUAGAAGAAUGUCGCCUUCUCGUAGACGAAGGAAAAGUAACAGUGCCGAUCAUUCUCCUCCCAGAAGAAUUAAGGAAGAACCACAUUCACCCAGCCGUGCAAAAGUGUCGCAUAGAAAUCGUCGACAUUCCGAUUCCGAUCAGUCGCCUCCUCGAACAAAGAACUAUCCAGUUAUGUCACCCACACGAAGAAAAGUGAAAGAGGAGCCUGACUCAGAUGAGUCACCGCCACGGCGACGCAAUAGAUUAGAACGAUCUGACUCCGACCAGUCACCACCGCGAAAAAACAAAAUCAAGCAAGAACGAGACGCUUCCCCUUUACGUAGGCGUUCUCGGUCACCGAGACGGAGACGAUCCCGAUCACCAGCAUACAGACGAGACCGUUCAGAUCGAUACGACAGGCACAGUAGUAAUUACCAAUCUGCAUCGAAUCGAGAGCGACGACAGUCGAAAUCUCCUGCCUACCGCAGACGGUCUCCAGACCGAGAUACGAGUCCAAAAUCUCGCAGAGAUCGAAAUUCCCCCAUUGUACCGGCAAAGAUGGCGAAAACGUUGGAUGGAAAAGCAGCUGGACUCCAGGACGCUAAGAGCUUACGGAUGGAAAAUGACAUUUUCAAAAGGCGAGAAGAGGAAAUGUUCAACAAAAUGUCGGCCGAUGUGUUGGGAAGAAAUGCUGAGGCUGUGGUCAGAGAUCGAAGAACUGGUCGCAUCCGAGACUUAGGUGAAGAAGCAGCCAAAGAACAUGAAAAACUGGUGAAGGAACAAGAGCGCAAAAGUCUGUACGACAAAUGGGGAAAGGGAUUGAAGCAGAUGGAAGAAUACAAUUCACGUUUACAGGAAGAUCUGCAUGAAACCAGCAAACCCCUGGCUCGGUACUCAGACGAUAAAGAUUUGGAAGAUUUGCUAAAGCAGCAGGAACGAGACGGCGAUCCAAUGCUGGCUUAUAUUCGGAACAAAAAGGACAGUGCACCUGACAAAACACCCGCUAAGCCAAUCUAUCAGGGCGCCUAUCCGGAAAAUCGAUUCGGCAUACGACCUGGAUAUCGCUGGGACGGUGUUGAUCGAUCGAACGGCUACGAAAAGAAAUGGUUUGAUGUGCAAAGUAAGAGAAAAGCUGGCGAAGAGGAAGCGUACAAAUACAGUACAGAAGACAUGUAAUUCGGGGGCCUGUGUUGGACAAUAAAAGAUUUUUUUAUUCAAA